CCAAUCUGACAAGUCCAAUAGAAUAUCGGCAGCAGGGGCUAAAUGUUCUUUUAUUUUGCUCGUCAGAAAACACCUUGCUUCCAGUUUUUAUGCUCACACUCAAUCAAAGAAGAGAUUUUCCGUUCGGGCUGCUUGAGCCUGCCGCACGGCAUCGCUCCUCAGCUCGUUUUGUGACACGGCUGUUAACUUUUGCCGUUUUCUGACAGACUCGUUGAACAAAAAGACGGGCGAGACAGUCGAGGAGCGACACCAGACAGGGGGACCACAAGGAGAGAGAUUGCAGUCUCCAUGUUCCAGCUGCCCAUCUUGAAUUUCAGCCCCCAGCAGGUCGCGGGGGUCUGCGAGACUCUCGAGGAGAGCGGCGACGUGGAGAGGCUCGGCCGCUUCCUCUGGUCGCUCCCGGUGGCGCCGUCCGCCUGCGAAGUCCUCGGGAAGAACGAGUCUGUCCUGCGCGCGCGGGCGGUCGUGGCCUUUCACGCGGGAAACUUCCGCGAGCUCUACCACAUACUCGAGAACCACAAAUUCACUAAAGACUCACACGCGAAGCUGCAGGCGCUCUGGCUCGAGGCGCACUACCAGGAGGCUGAGAAACUCCGAGGGCGUCCCUUAGGACCCGUGGACAAGUACCGCGUUCGAAAGAAGUUUCCACUGCCUCGGACGAUAUGGGACGGCGAACAGAAAACGCACUGCUUCAAGGAGAGGACGCGGCAUCUCUUGAGAGAGUGGUACCUUCAGGACCCUUACCCGAACCCGAGCAAAAAAAGAGAGCUGGCGCAGGCGACUGGACUCACACCCACACAAGUGGGCAACUGGUUUAAAAACCGGAGGCAGAGAGACCGAGCGGCAGCGGCCAAGAACAGGCUACAGCAGCAGGUUCUGUCCGGUGGCUCGGUCCGAUCGCUGGGGGACGAUGACACCACAGUGGACCGCCUGGGGCCCGCCUCGAGCCCAGAAGUCAGUCUCUCGAGCAAGGCCGCCACCUCCGCCAUCUCCAUCACCUCCAGCGACAGUGAAUGUGACAUCUAAAGUGACAGGCUUCAAAAGAGCAAACGGGAGAACUGUAAGAGACAAUCUAACAACAACGACAAAACUUUAGUGCCUGCAACCGGCCCAGAGAGAGAGAGAGAGAGAGCCUAAAAUGAAGGAUGGAAAAAAAUGCAUCACUAUUUCAUUUUCCAUUCGUUGAUGUGAUCAACAAAAUGCGCAGUGUUUCUCAUAAGGACAGGUGGGAGUUUUCGAAAAAAAUCUUCAAUGUCUGAGGGCCGAACUUAUUGUUGUACGUGUGCGUGCUUUAUCAUGAAAAGACUGAAUAAUGUUUUAAUGUUCACUCGUCUUUUUUAAUAUAUAAACGAUGUUUAUUUACUUAUUUAAAAUAUCAUCGGGCCCUAGGCCUUUUAUAUGUGUGCUUUUUUAUUAUCAUUUUUGUUGUGCGUAAUGCUGCGCGUCGUGAAAUUUCUGGGGAAAAAAAAAUAACCAUGAUUUAAAGAAAAUAAUA